AUGGUUGCAGCAUGUGGACAUGCUGAUAAUAGCAUUAAGCUGAUAUCCUCGGAUGGAGCUAAAACCUUGGAAACAGCCUGUGCGCACAGUGCUCCUGUAACAUGCCUUGGCCUUUCACUGGAUAGCAAGUACCUGGUGACAGGAUCCCGGGAUACCACUGUAAUACUAUGGAGAAUACAUCGGGCACUUUUGUCUCGCUCAAGUGUGUCUGAACCUUCAUCUGGGACAGGUACUCAGCCUUCGACGAGCAGUAAUUCUUCAUCAAACUUGUUGACAGAAAAGAAUCGGAGGUGUCGUAUUGAAGGCUCAUAUUGUCCGCCUUUCUCUGAUGGUGUUGUUGUGACUUGGAACGAAUCAGAGCAUACUCUCAGCACCUUCACUCUUAAUGGUGUUUUAAUUGCUGAAACACAAUUAUCUUUCUCUAGCAGGAUUAGUUGCAUUGAAAUUCCUGUUGAUGGGAAGAGUGCCUUAAUUGGAAUUAAUCCUCUAGAAAAUGCUGGGGUCUAUAAUAAUAGUUGGAAUUUGAGCGAUGAUGAUAUUGAUUCAGAAUCAGGAAAAGCUCAAGAAAGCAAUGGAAUAAAUGCUUCGUUGCCAUCUAUUUGCUUCCUGGAUUUGCACACUCUGAAGGUAUUUCAUAUAUUAAAGCUGGGAAAAGGACAGGAUAUCACAGCUCUAGCUUUAAACAAGGAUAACACAAAUCUUUUGGUCUCAACUUUGGAUAAACAGUUGAUAAUCUUCACUGAUCCAGCUUUAAGCUUGAAAGUAGUUGAUCAAAUGCUGAAGCUGGGUUGGGAAGGUGAUGGACUUACACCCCUCAUAAAGUCAUAGAUUUUAGGGCAUACAGAAGUAAAUUACAGAUAUUUUAUAGAUAACAAUUGUUAGGAAUCGUGGUUUAAGGUUUUUGAGCUCUUGUUUGUAAGCAUUUUUGGUUCCAUCCCAGUGGUUCAGGGAUGUCUUGUAAUAUAUGUACUAUCAGAGACAAGCGUUAGCCUUUAGUGAUAGGUAAAUUAGUUGCAAGUAUAGUUCUCUCAUUGCUCUCCCACAUGUGCUCAAAAUAUUAGUGCAUCACAUUGAUUGUUUUCCCUCAUUUUUUUUAUUAUAUUGAAUGAAAAUAUGAUGCGUUUCUUUCUU